AUGGCAGCCAAAAAAAGCGAAACUAAAAAAGAUGACCAGGAUAAGGGACAAUCAAAUACAAAUGCAGAUAAAAUUCAAACACCGAUGGAAAUAACUUCACCACUAACGGAGCCAGAAGGACGAGGUGCAUUCAGAAAGCUAUUUAUGAAAUUAGGAGAAAAAGUUGGUACCAUCAAAGUUUCUGAACUUGAUCCCGAUUAUUUGAAUCAAGUGAAAGAUGCGGACUCUUAUAAGGCAAUGUUAUGCAAACUAGCGGAAAGCAUCAUGCAUGUGAUGCAACAGGAUCCAAAAUUAGUUCCUGAAGCAGAAUCAAAAAUGGAAUUUGAAUGCCCAUCAAAUCAAGAUCCAAUGGAACUGCUAAGCAUAUCAUUGGAAGCAAUGAGGGAAAAUUUUUCAGCUCACAUUUCAGCACUUGAGGCUUGCAUUCAUGCAUGCACAAAAUUAGCUAUGCUUCGUCGAUCAUAUCAUAAACGAGGACGUCGAGCUAUUCAUUACAUUCGAACUUUUAUUAAUGUCGAUUAUGUGUUACUGAAUAAUCAACGUCAAGAACUAAUGAAACGUCGUGAAGAAAUGGAUUUUGCAAAACAUGAAUAUGCAAAUAACCCAACGGAGCAAAAAAAAGAAAGUUGCAAUAAAGCAAUUGCAAAAUUUAACGAACAAUCCGAAGAGGUUUUUAAAGCAUUAGGCACAAUUCAAUCUAAAAAAGAAAAGCAUCGUUUGGAACUUAUCAAAAUACUGGAAGAAAUGAGAAGAUAUCAUAAUAAUGCAGCCGAAGAAUGUCUCCUUGUAUGUAAAUCAAAAUGGUAA